AUGAGACGCGACCGCGGCGCAUCUAGAACGCAGGCCCUGUCUUCGAGAACACCACCACAGGCCGCAGCUCGCAGGGAUCGUACCGCCCUCACAUGCAGCAAGCAUCCUCGUCGCCCGAAGAUCCAUCGCGACAAACCAAUCCUGUUUGCUAUAUCUGCAAUGAUUUCCGGAAUGGCAAAUGAGGAAUUCCAUUUCAAUGCUGUUACUAAAGAUCCACAUAAAAGCAUCCGGCACGAUCCCUGCGGUUCUCGAAAUCGAGACGAUCUCGAGAAGGGCCUGGGAGUGGUCACAGCUUGCCAGCUUCCCAUUGGCGUGCCUGGGAACGAUGCCAUGACGUCAGGCAGCCAACCCACCUAA